AAUGUUAUGGAACAGUUCAAUCCAGGACUGAGGAAUUUAAUAAAUCUGGGGAAGAAUUAUGAAAAAGCUGUUAAUGCUAUGGUGGUGGCUGGAAGAGCAUAUUAUGAUAGCCUUGCAAAGAUUGGGGAUAUAUCAGCUGAUUCUCCAGUUUCUAAAGAAUUAGGCCAAGUUCUGGUAGAAAUUUCAAGAACACACAAGAAACUUAAUGACAGUCUAGAGGAGAGUUUCAAAAAGUUUCAUAAAGAAAUUAUAUCUGAACUAGAGAAGAAAACAGACCUGGAUGUGAAAUAUAUGAAUGCAACUUUAAAGAGGUACCAAACUGAACACAGAAGCAAAUUAGAUUCUUUAGAGAAGUCUCAGGCUGAGCUGAAAAAAAUCAGAAGGAAAAGCCAAGGAGCACGAAACGUAAUGAAAUAUGAGCAUAAAGAAAUGGAGUAUUUUGAAACUGUGAGCUCUCGACAGAGUGAUAUUCAGAGAUUUAUUGCAGAAGGCUGCAGAGAAGCUCUUCUUGAAGAAAAAAGAAGAUUCUGUUUUCUGGCUGACAAGCACUGCAGCUUUACCCAGCACAUGCACUUCUAUCACAUUCAGUGUGCAGAAUUCCUAAAAUCCAAGCUGCCUGGGUGGCAGGAAAUCUGCAGCGAUGCCACCAAAGUGCCUGAAAAAGUCAGAAUGAUGAUAGAUGAAAUACGGACACCGGGUUCCACUCCAAUAUCAGGAACUCCACAGCCUUCACCAAUGAUAGAGAGAAAUACCACGAUUGGAAAUGAUUUUUAUCCUCACCAUGAAAAUGCAUCAAAGGUGCCCCCUGCUCCUUCAGGUAGAGCAUACACUAGUCCACUAGUUGAUAUGUUUAACAACCCUGCCACGGUUCCAAAGACAUCUUCUGAAAAACUAAAUAAUUCAGCAGAGAAUUCAGAUGAUGCCAGUUUAUCACGUUCAACUUCUGUUGCCACAGGACUAAAUAUAAUGAAAAGGCAAAAAGUAAAGACAAUCUUCCCCCAUACUGCUGGAAAUAACAAGACGUUGCUUAGCUUUGCACAGGGGGAUAUCAUCACACUUCUUGUAGCUGAAGAAAAGGAUGGCUGGCUUUAUGGAGAACAUGACACAACUAAAGUAAAAGGAUGGUUUCCAUCAUCGUAUACCAGACCACUAGAAGAACCAGUGGAAGAAAAAGUAUUUGUCCCAGUGCCAAGCCCUGCACCAAUAAGAAGUAUUAGUUCUGUAAAUCUUGUGGAGAAAGGUGAUGUUGUCCUCCCACCACCAGACUAUUUGGGGUCUUUGCAAACAGACAAAAUGGAGUCUUCCAAAGGUACUACUGCUAAAACACCCACUGACAGACCAGAAAACGCAGGUCCGAAACCCGAUAUGAAUGGCAUUAUAAAACCACCUUUUCUGAGCGGAGAAAAUCCUUUUGCAACUGUGAAACUCAGACCAACAGUAACAAAUGACAGAUCAGCACCAAUUAUUCGAUGA